AUGACCAAGAGAAACGAUCAGCGUAAUACUCCGUCUGGUUGUGGGAGUAGUACAACAAUAAACGAUGGUAUUAUUGUUCAACAACAACCUGUUAGUGAACAACAACAACAUUUUGUAUUAUCUCCAGUGAAUAAUUCAGCACCAAUGAUUAUAACCACUCCACUAGCUGUUCCUUCCAUAAUCACUCAAAAAUUACCAACCACAGCAACAAAUAAUCAACAACAAACCGUUGCCACUGUGACAACUACUCCUGUUAAUGCAGUUAAUACAACAAUUCCAAAUAAAACAACAACAACAACAACAACAACAAAAUCAACUUCACAAGAACGAUUAGUUUGUAGCCUUUGUAAUAAAGUCUAUCGAUCGUCAGCUGGCCUCCGAUAUCAUAAACGGAAACGACACCGAGAUGAAGGAAUGCUUAAAGCAGCUCAAUUGCAUCGAGUACGAUGUUUAGAAAAUGGAUGUACCUAUCAAAUGUUAGCUAUAUCAGACUUAAGAAAUCAUUUGGCUAAUCAUCAUUUAAAACCUGAAUAUAAAACAACUGAAGAAAAAAAAUUUAAUUCAUUUACUGAAUUCACUGAAUGGAAAGCUGCUUUUGAACAAAGUAGUGGUUCAAAAUAUGUGAAAAAUUGUGGCUCAAAAGGAAAAUCUGAGAAUCAAACAACAGAAUAUUAUUAUUGUAAUCGUACCGGAUUAUAUAAACAAACACGACAAGGAUGGCGUCGUAAUUCUAAAUCACAUGAUUCAGUUCGUUGUGGUAUUCAUUGUACAUCAUCCAUGAAAGUUGAUAUAGCUCGAAAUGAUCAAAUAUCCGUACAGUAUUAUCCAACACAUUAUGGUCAUACAGCUGAACCACCAUUACAAGUACCACCAACAGCUACUACAACUAAUACAACAUUAGGAACAACAAAUGGUGAAUUAGUUGAACAACCAUCUGUCCAAAAACAAACAAUUCCGCCCAUUCAAACUGUUGUACAAACGACUGUUCAACAACAACAAACAACAACUGAUCAUUGCGUUAGACUUCAACAUCAACAUCAUGCACAAACAUCAAGUAUUAUUAUUAAUAUUGCUCCUGUAAGUAUUUAG